AAAAUUUGAUUUAAUCUUUCAUAAAAAAUCUUCGUUGCGUGCACCAUGGUGUGAUUUCGACAGUUCAAACCGUGCAAACAGAAUUUAUAAAGAAAUUCGUCACAAAUUCUGUCCGCAGUAGACGAUGAAUUCGCCAACAGCCGUAGAUGUUCCGUGCAACGGACCAUGCCGAAAGCGGUUCCAUCCGGCCGCCGUCAACAUGGACCAGGUAACCGCCAGUUUACUGCUCACAUCCGCUCGGCCCGCCGGACUUCUGUGGCUCUGUCCCGAGUGUCACCAGAGAGGCGAACUGCAGCCCAGAGCCGGCUCCGGAACCGACCUGCCCCCGGAGCUGUGGAUCACAAUCUUCCGGCACUUGAACACACGCUCCAUGCUACGAGUGCGGUCAACCUGCCGCCGUUGGAAGGACAUCGUCGAUCAGAACGAAUGCUUGAGAAAGGAGUUUUCCGUUGGUUUUGAAGGAAAAACCAUGGACGAACACUUCCAGCCGGAGAACCUGUUGCAGGCAACACAAGCGGUUCUAUUCAAGUCAACGAUAACCUCUGUGAAUGGCUGGUGGCCUUUGUUCGGCGCUGAACUGACGAACCUGCACUUGUCGAGAUGUGAGAUUGCUCUUCCAGUUUUGCUUGGAAUGCUGAGGCACACUCCGAAUCUUACGAGCUUGGGUCCGGGUAGCAUCAAUUACGCUUCCGUUGAAGAGGAAGAGAUUGAUUUUCGACUGGAGAAACUGGAACAUCUUAACUGCGAUGAAGUUUUCGACAUUUACGAAAAGAUUUUUCCUCGCUUGAGAAAGUUAGAGCUGUCAUACGAACAAGAAGACGAUGAAAGCGUGUGCCGAUUGCUGCAGUCGGUUCAGGAAACGUUGAAGUUUCUGUUUUGCGACAUAACGCCGUUUAUGCUGGAACAGAUGGCCCUUAUGGACCGGCUUAGAUUGACAGAGGCUGUAGUUCCUAUAGCAGAUGGCGACCAAGUCGUGCAGCUAAGUCGAAUUCAGCCAACGAUUGAAAAAUUCCGCGCAACUGCUUCAAACGAGGCUCUCUGCAAAAUCGCCCGGAAUCUUACCAACCUGAAGGAAAUCUCUGUCGUGCUGGAAGAGUUAGAAAAUCUGGAGCCCACGUUCUCGGCUGAAAUGCCUCAGCUGACGUUGCUACAUCUAGAGGGGCUGGAAGAGAUCAGUUUAAACUUGAAACACUUCAAAGGGGCCAAUUUGAUCAACUUGAAGUUCGAGUUAUUUCGCUUCACCAAGGACAGCUUGCGAACUUGCCUGACUAAUUAUCCAAAUCUCCUAGAGCUGGAAUUGGGUAAUUGUUCGCUGGAAAGUUGGUCAGACAUUUUCGAGGCUCGUCUGGAAUCGCUGCGCCGUUUGAGUCUGUGGAACGUUAAGGUGGCGCAAAAUGUCAUGAAUGUUCCGCGGAACCUGCCCUGUUUGAACGAACUGAAGUUGUCCUUGUGCAACAUUUCCGCAGACAUGCUCGUUGAGUUGCUUCUUCGCUGUCCUCGGCUGGAGAAGUUGGCUUUUAAUGUGAUGGAUACGAUUGACAACGAAUUUGUUCGGGGUUUGGGUCGGUUUCCCCAACUGAAACAGCUUACCAUUCACUACUGCGCCAUCACGUACGAGGCACUGGAAUUGAUUGUUGAAAAUCAUUCCCAUCUGAUAGUUGAUAUACGUUCUAAGUAUAUCCCCGAUACAACCUUGAGUAUGUUGAAGUACGUUACUCGGUCAUGAAGCAAGUGUCUCUCUCUUAAAUAUCAUUUAAAUAAAAUGUGAUGAAUUCGGACUUUAAA